GCAGUGCAAUGCAGUGAUUUAUGAAUACAAAAAUUUCUUCGACGAACUGUUACCAAAGAAAGAAUCUCCUCGUAGCACUUCCACUUAGAAUCUGAUGCGCGUCAAUGCAACGCCUGCACCGAUUCGCUUGAUAAGCUCUGGUACCUGACGACGAGCCCGAGCAAGCGGAGGAGCUAGGCGCUGUCUCUCGGUCCCGAUGGCAUCGCACGAAUUUGCCGCUACCUCGCUCCUCCUCGCCACCUUGCUGCUGCUUCAGUUAUGUCUGUGUCAAAUAGCGCCGGAGAUUAUGCCGGAAUUCUUGGCACCGCUGGAAAACCACACGGUCAUCCAAGGCCGAGAAGUGUCCUUCACGUGCGUCGUCAAUCAUCUUCAGUCCUACAGGGUCGCCUGGAUCAAGUCGGACUCGAGGGCGAUUCUGGCCAUACACACGCACUUGGUGGCGCACAAUCCACGGUUGUCGGUGACGCACAACGGCCACAACACCUGGAAGCUGCACGUGUCGAACGUGCAGAAAAAUGAUUCCGGCACCUACAUGUGCCAAGUCAAUACCGAACCCAUGCUCAGCCAGAUGGGUUACAUGACUGUCGUCAUUCCGCCCGAUAUCAUGGACGAGACUUCGGAGGGCCUGGUGGCGCACGAGGGUGGCAAUAUCAAGCUGCGCUGCGUCGCAACGGGCUCGCCCGAGCCCAACGUCACCUGGAAGCGCGAGGACGGCCAUAAGAUUGUGCUGAGAGAGAACGGACAAAAAAAAUUACUCGAGAAAUACGAGGGCGAGCAGCUCGAGCUAACCGGCGUGCUGCGCCAAGAGAUGGGCACUUAUCUCUGCAUAGCGAGCAACGGCAUACCGCCGACAGUCAGUAAACGCUACGCCGUUAAUGUGCAGUUCCAGCCAUCGAUAAAAGUGACGAAUCACGUGGUGGGUGCGCCGGUGACAAAGAACGUCACGCUGCAGUGCAUCGUCGAAGCUUCGCCCCAAGCCAUGAACACGUGGUUCACUGACAAAGGUGAAAAAUUACUUCCCAACGACAAAUACUCCAUGUCGGAGGCCCCGAUAAAUCACUACUCCUGGGAAAUGAACCUGACGAUCCGUAGCCUGGACAAAGGUGACUUUGUCGGCUACGUCUGCUCGUCGGAAAAUGCCCUUGGCAAAGCCGAAGGUGCCGUCAGAUUACAAGAGCUGGAAUUGGUGCGGGACGUGUACCAGACGACGUCCGCGCCGGGCACGCAGUCGCGUCCCAACGAUCUGCGACCCAAUCGCAAGAAGCAACAGCAGCAGGGCUCCAAGUCGUCGCGCAGAAAGUUCAGCCAGCGUCAUCACGACAGCGGCGGCGGCGGCGACGACGACGACAAUCAGGGAGGCUUGGGCGGCGGAGGCGAGUACGACGGCAGCCACGGCCAGGGCCACGACAACGAGCUCCUGACCUCCUCGAACAGCGGCAACAGUCUCGGCCACAGCAGCACCCAGACGAUGGACGGCGGCGGGGGCAGCGGCGGCAAGAACGGCCAUCAGCGCGUGGGCGGCAGCGCGGGCUCGGGCAAUCAGCAGCAGCAGCAUCGCAACUACGACAAGCCGAGAUCGUCCUCGUAUCCGGGCUCGGGCUCGAUCGGUAUUAUGCUGAGAGCAACCACGAGCCUCGGCUCGCUACAGAUGCUAGCGAUGAUCGGUAUCGUGUCGAGGAUACUUUAAAAUCAGUAAAGGGGGAUAUUUAUCGUUGCUGUACAAAGCGAUUUGUAAAUAUAUACGUCAUCCG